AUGAAGACCACCACCGCCGCCACCCUCUCGCUGGUUGCUUUGGCCAGCGCCGCCGUCCCCGAUACCGCCUACCACUUCAACAGGCUCAUUACUGGCUAUGCCGGUGCCUGCCGUGGUGCCGACACUAUCGAUGUGAAGGUCACGCCCGAAGUCCUGACCUGGGACCUCCAGGACUUCAGCGGCAAGUACAACGACAAGGAGCAAAACCCGACGUACUGUGUGAUGGAUAACGACAUCUACAGGGCUCCGGGCAAUUGGCGCUUCGCUUUCGAGAGCGCGACCUACUCCGGUAACGUAAAGCUCACCGGGGGUGCUCAGGUCAAGACCCUUGGUACUUACCUGGACAUGUCUGCUUCGUAUGUGACGAACCCGCCGGCUAGCGUCAACACCACGGUGUGGGCUAUGCAGACGGGACACAUGGGUGACUUCAUCGUCUCCAACACGACCCUCGACGCCGACGAAAGCGGCAAUUUUGAGGUUGAGACCAAGCCCGACACCGAGGGCUGGUCGCCCUGCUUCUUCAAGAACUCAACGACCGACUACUUCAAGUUCCAACUCAGCCACCAGACCAUUCUCUACUUCGAGGAUUCCGCCGAUGCCCAGGCAGAGUUCGGUCCGGGUCUCAAGCUCGCGCUUAAGAUGAAGUGGGAGGAGUGCGAUGCAUCUCUGGAUGCUAUGUCUAAGUGGGGAAAGAAAUUUGAUGUUCCCGAGGGCUGGAACCCGUACGUCUAA